GUACAUGUAAAUAAUAGAGGUGUGCGACUAAACGUUACAAAAUCAAAAGCGAUCUCUGUUUACUGUUUAGGACAAUUCUAUCCUGAGUCCUAGACAGACAGAGAGAUAGGUUCAGUGGAUGUACGAGUGAGUCAGCUCGAUAUCUCGUGCUAUAUAUUAGGUUCCGUGUCUACCCUUAUUCUCUCACUCUCUCGCAAACACAUCACUUUUUAUUUUGUAUUUGGGCUUUGUGAUCGAGGAUCGGGAGAGAUAGAGAUGGCGAUGAGACGUGGUGCUGCUUCUGCAAUUCGGGCCUUGGCUUCACAGCGUUACUCUGCUUCUUCAUCCAUCACCACUAGACUUUUUCAUGCUUCCGCAGACAGCAAGAAAAUUGUUGGUGUCUUCUACAAGGCAAAUGAAUAUGCUUCGGCCAAUCCAAAUUUUCUCGGUUGUGCUGAGAAUGCUCUAGGCAUUCGUGAUUGGCUAGAAUCCAAAGGCCACCAAUACAUAGUCACUGAUGAUAAGGAAGGACCUGAUUGUGAAUUGGAGAAACAUAUUCCUGAUCUCCAUGUCCUCAUAAGUACUCCCUUCCACCCGGCCUAUGUUACGGCUGAAAGGAUUAAGAAGGCGAAAAAUUUGCAGCUAUUGCUCACAGCUGGAAUUGGAUCUGACCAUAUUGAUCUAAAUGCUGCUGCUGCAGCUGGGUUGACAGUUGCAGAGGUUACUGGAAGCAAUGUUGUUUCUGUUGCGGAAGAUGAGCUCAUGAGAAUCCUCAUUCUUGUUAGGAACUUCUUGCCUGGAUACCAUCAGGUUAUUAAUGGGGAGUGGAAUGUUGCACAAAUCGCGCACAGAGCUUAUGAUCUUGAAGGUAAAACUGUAGGGACUGUUGGUGCAGGACGUAUUGGGAGGCUUUUACUCCAGAGGUUGAAGCCUUUUAAUUGCAAUCUCCUCUACCAUGAUCGACUUAAAAUGGAACCAGAAAUUGAGAACCAAAUAGGGGCACAGUUCGAGGAGGAUCUUGAUAAGAUGCUUCCAAAAUGUGACAUAAUAGUCAUCAACACUCCCUUAACUGAGAAAACCAAGGGACUGUUUGACAAAGCUAAAAUAUCCAAGUUGAAGAAAGGCGUUCUCAUAGUUAACAAUGCCCGAGGAGCUAUUAUGGAUACACAAGCAGUGGUUGAUGCUUGUAACAGUGGGCAUAUUGCAGGUUACAGUGGAGAUGUUUGGUACCCUCAACCUGCUCCAAAGGACCAUCCAUGGCGCUACAUGCCAAACCAAGCUAUGACCCCUCAUAUUUCAGGCACCACCAUUGAUGCGCAGUUGCGAUAUGCUGCUGGAGUCAAGGACAUGCUGGACAGGUACUUCAAGGGAGAAGAUUUCCCUGCCCAACACUAUAUAGUGAAGGAGGGUGAAUUAGCACCCCAGUACCGGUAGAGACUUGUUUUGCGGUUUGCGUUGAUGGAUGUAUACUGAGAUAUCAUUCGCCUAAAUGUUAUGCACCAAUAAGUUGUCUCUGUAAUCGGAACUUUCUGUUUCUUUCACUAGUUCCCUUUUGUGAUGAAACGAAUAAACGUGUUCUUUAUGGAACUCAAACGAGCUUUUCUGGUUA